AUGGGUUCGUAUCGAACUUCUAGGCAGAAGAGCAUCUCUCGAGCAAGCACAAUUCGGGACGGCAUUGCGGAUUCGGCCACAAGUCUAGUAAAGAAAGACAAGAAGGCAGUCAUGAAGACCUAUCUGGGUAAAGGGAAAUCAGCAGAGAAGUCAUCGGCAUCUGAGAAGCAGGCUGAAGACACGGCAAAGCCUCCAACAUACCCUUCACCGGCAAAGACAGCAGUUAUCAUGGUGUCUUUGUACAUCUCCAUUUUCCUCGUGGCAAUCGAUCGAACGAUCAUCGGGCCAGCGAUACCCGCAAUCACUAACCAGUUCAACAGUAUAGGCGACAUCGGCUGGUACGGAAGCUCUUAUAUGCUCACAUCUGCCGGCUUCAUCUUGCUAUACGGCCGCAUCUAUACCUUCUUUCCCACCAAAUCUGUCUUCUUGUCUGGAAUUUUCCUUUUCGAGAUAGGUAGCGCUGUAUGUGGAGCUGCACAGUCGAGCACCAUGUUGAUCAUCGGAAGAGCUAUUGCAGGUCUCGGAAGUAGUGGUAUCUUCACUGGUGCAAGUUUGAUCAUGCUCAAUACUGUUCCACUUCGUCGAAGGCCAUUAUUACAAGGCUUGUUUGGUGCUUGUUUUGGUGUCGCAAGCGUAGCUGGUCCGUUGCUUGGUGGCGCAUUCACUGGAAGCAAGGCAACCUGGCGAUGGUGCUUCUAUAUUAACUUGCCACUCGGUGGACUGACGAUAUUGGUUGUCAUUUUCUUGCUCAAGCUGGACGAGCAAAAACCGAAGCUCACACACUGGAGAGACACGAUCAGGAACCUCGAUCCACUAGGUACACUUCUAUUCUUACCAGCAAUUACAUGUUUGCUGCUGGUCCUCGAAUGGGGUGCGGCGGAUUACUCGUGGAGCUCACCGCGACUCAUCGCGCUCAUGGUGGUCUUUGCCGUGCUGCUUGUCGCAUUUAUUACCUGGCAGUAUAUAACUCGGCAUACCACGGCAACAGUUCCCACUCGAAUUCUGUUUCAGCGGAGCGUGGCGUUCGGUGGCGCGUCUCAAUUCUGCGUUGGCUCUGCCAUGCUGACAGUGUCUAUAUACAUUCCGCUGUGGUUCCAGGCGAUUAAAGAGGUGUCAGCCAUACAGUCAGGCAUUAACACUAUCCCACUCGUUCUCUCGGUCGUGGUUGGUUCCAUCCUGUCGGGUGGUCUGACCCAGCGUAUCGGGUACUACACGCCUUUCAUGAUCAUGGGUUCCAGUUUGAUGGCAGUCGGAACUGGUCUGAUAACGACUUGGAACGUACAUACGAGCAUUGGUGUCGGCUGCACGAUGCAACAUCCAAACCUGGCGGUUCAGAUUGUUUUGCCGAAGCAGGAUGUGCCGACGGGGACGGCCAUUCUCUCCUUGUGCCAAACACUUGGUGGCGCAGUCUUUACCGCUGUAGGCCAGAACCUUUAUAUCGACAAGUUCACGGCUGGUCUAGAGCGCGUUGGUGGAUUAGACACGAAACAAAUUCUGGGAGGCGGCGCAACAGAUCUCACGAAGUCCAUACCAACAGCACUUCAACCAGGUGUCCUCGAAGCCUACAAUGCCUCCCUCACAAAAGGCACCUUCUUCGCGGCCCUCAUUGUUGCGUGUUUGGCCAUCCCAGCUGCUCUUGGGAUGGAAUGGCGAAGCGUCAAGGACAAGGACAGCCUUAUUCAAGCCGCUGCUCAAGACGAGGAGAAGUGGUCUCGCGCCGAUGAAGAAUUGGCCCCCAAAACCAUGCAUAACCAAUCAGAUAUGUCGCCACAAGCCUCUGACACUGCCCAUCCUGAACUUUCCGCACCUGGACCUGUGUGGAAGAGAGUGUAUCGUUCGAGUGGUCAAUUUACCUCUUAUCUGACGGCGAAGGCUAAUCCUGAUCUCCACGAUGAACUGAAACAUGGGAGAUAG